AAAAACGAUAUCAGUUUGUUUGAUAGAAAAGGUCACAACCUCUUUCUUUUCAUCGAACAGCUAAGAAUCGUAUCUGUAGGCCCAGCAUCUUUGAUUUUGCGUGCGAAGAACCUUCCACCCACUUGGAACGAUUCUGUGUCGGUCGAUUCUCAUCCUUGCUCUGACCGACGUAGUCUAUGUAAUAUCGAGAAAAUACAUUCUGGUGACAUAAUUCAAUAACUAGACUGUGAGAAGUAGCCAUUAGCCCUGCCGUUGUUGAGAGGAGUCAGUAGAGCAGCUGCGUAAAUACUGUUUCCUACGACGAACCGCUGCUCAUCCCGGAGCUGUCUCUACUUGCUGUUGUGCAGCUUCGUUGAAGGCCUUGGACAGGGCCAGUGCCAGUGUAAACACAAUGAGUGCAUCAGGAGUGGAAGCAUCCAGCGGCGGUGACGUCGUCCUCACGUUCAAGGUGAAAUGGCAAGGCAAGGAGUACACGGUUGAGCAUCUGCACACCGGCUCGAGAGUGGGAGAACUGAAGGAGUGCCUGUCGGAUCUCACCGGCGUGCAGCCACACCGUCAAAAGUUGAUUGGCUUCAAGCACAAGGGAGUACCAUCCGACGACACUCUCUUUUCAGCCAUCAAGCAUCAGCCGGUCAACAAGCUGAUGAUGGUUGGCUCGCGAGAAGACGAUAUUGCUGCCGCAGCACCUACCCAGGAACAAGUUGAAGCCGCUAGUAGCUCGGCUGACGACGAGGACGUCUUUGACAUUCCGGAGGAUGAGAUGGCUCCAGUACACAAGCAGGCCAUGUUUCUGGACAAGAUCAGUCGGCGUGUAGAGCAAUAUGACAUCAAGUUGGUCAACCCGCUGCGCGACGAUCGCAAGCUUCUUGUCUUGGACAUCGAUUGCACUUUCUUUGACCACAGAUCCAAAGCAACCACCGCUCAAGAGCUUGCACGGCCGCACCUGCAGGAAUUCUUGACCACGGUUUAUCCUCUCUACAACAUAGCAAUAUGGUCUGCAACUGGUAUGAAAUGGGUUCAAACAAAACUGCAGGAAUUGGGUAUGCUAUCCAACCCAGCCUACUCCAUUUCAUUCAUGUUGGACGAACUGGCGAUGAUAUCGGUGUACAUUGAAGGCCAAGGCGGUCUGCUGAAUACCAAGCCACUUGGUGUUAUCUGGGGAAAGCUGAAGCAGUUCUCGCAGAAAAACACUGUUCUCGUGGAUGACUUGCGGCGAAACUUUCUAAUGAAUCCCCGGAAUGGAAUAAAGAUCAAGGCUUUCAAGCAUGCCCAUGUGAACAGAGCGACGGACAGGGAGCUGCUCAAGCUGACCAAGUAUCUGGUGAGCCUUGCCUCUUGUGAUGACCUAUCCGCGAUCAGUCACCGCCACUGGGACCGUGAAUAGCCAAUGUCGGCAGCAGCGGCUUGAGAAGUUGUAGUUCCUCUCACAUGUUGUGAAACACUUGUGUUGCGUAUGGUAAGCUCAUAUCUGAUACAUAUACAUAAUACUAUAACAAUGAAGCAGCAAGCCUCACACUCACCCACUCACCAGGAAACAUCACACGACAAUGGACAGCACCGGCCAUGAACAAACACGCAACGGAAUUAUCGCCACCUUGCACGAACACGUCUGUAUCGGUUUUCAUCAGUGUUUUUAAACGAUUUUAACACGCUUUCAUCAAAUGCCACAGUCCCUCGAGACAUGACGAAAUCACACACAAAGCUGAUCAUUUCACCUUUGCUUCAUGCAAGCAGUGAAUAUACAUGUACUUCUUUUGAAGUAUGUAACCAAUGGCAACAGAAUAUGUCCAAUUAUAAUGAGCUCAUUCAAAAUACUUCUGCAUGUACAUAAAGUUGCAAAGAAAUGCCUGUGAAUUCGAUCUGCCAUACGAGAAUAUCACAUGAAACAGCAAAUAAAAAGUCUCUAACAUCG